AAUUUUAUCAUUGGAAAGGCAAAGGGUACGAAAGGGGUUGGGGAUUGGUAAUGGAGGAUUCAACCACUCCGUCUUCGAAGCACAACAUCGACCAUGUCCACCGCAUCAUCAACUCGAAUCGAUACAAGUCGCCUUCUAGAACAAUCUGCUCGGACAGGUUCAUACCCACCAGAUCCGAUUCCAAUUUCGCUCUCAUCAAUUUAUCGCCUUCAGAGGACACUUCCAAAGCUUACAACACCCUUUUGCGUACUGCUUUGUUUGGACCCGAUGCUCCCGUUACUCCCAAUAAACGGACCCCUAAUAUUUUCCGUUACAAAACGGAGACUCGACGCUCCAUGCACUCUCUCUCCCCUUUCACGUUCCAUGAUGACCCGUUACCUGGUUGUGCCCCUCAUCAUACUCCUCUCAAGCCUCCUCGCAGGGUUCCUCUGUCACCUUUCAAGGUUCUGGAUGCACCUGCACUGCAAGAUGAUUUUUAUCUGAAUCUUGUGGACUGGUCCUUCAACAAUGUCUUGGCUGUGGCUCUGGGAAACUCUGUUUAUUUGUGGAAUGCUAGUAGCAGCAAGGUAACUAAAUUAUGCGAGCUGGGGAUGGACGAUUGUGUUUGCUCGGUUAGCUGGGCUCAACGUGGUACCUACCUGGCUGUUGGAACUAACAGUGGUAAAGUGCAGAUUUGGGAUGCGUCUCAAUGCAAGACAAUAAGAACCAUGGAGGGUCAUCGUUUACGAGUUGGAACCUUGGCCUGGAGUUCAUCUCUUUUGUCUUCUGGUAGCCGGGAUAAAAUCAUUUAUCAACGAGAUAUACGUGCACAGGAGGAUUUUGUCAGUAAACUGUCUGGGCACAAGUCAGAGGUUUGUGGAUUGAAGUGGUCUUAUGAUAACCGGGAGUUAGCAUCCGGAGGAAAUGACAACAGGUUGCUUGUUUGGAAUCAACACUCAACCCAGCCCAUCCUGAAGUACUGUGAGCAUACAGCAGCUGUUAAAGCUAUUGCAUGGUCUCCUCAUGUUCAUGGACUUCUUGCAUCAGGAGGAGGCACUGCAGACAGAUGUAUUCGUUUUUGGAAUACAACCACAAACUCACAGUUAAACUGUAUUGACACUGGAAGUCAGGUUUGUAAUCUUGUUUGGUCUAAAAAUGUCAAUGAAAUGGUCAGCACACAUGGCUACUCCCAGAACCAGAUAAUAGUUUGGAGAUACCCCACAAUGUCAAAGCUAGCAACUCUUACAGGCCACACUUAUCGAGUUCUUUAUCUUGCUCUCUCUCCUGAUGGGCAGACUAUCGUCACUGGAGCUGGAGAUGAAACUCUUAGAUUUUGGAAUGUAUUCCCUUCCCGUAAAUCACAGAAUACUGAUAGUGAAAUUGGAGCUUCAUCUUUUGGAAGAACUAUUAUCAGAUGACCCCAGCUUGCAUUUUUACGAGACAACUCACGUGGCAUGUAAAAGACGCCUAGUUGGAAAGUUUGUAUGAAAAAGACAUCAUCACCGUGCUCUGCUUCACCGAUUUGGGAAGCCUUACAGGAGCUAAGAAGUUACAGGAUGGCUGCCAAUGGUGGAAAUCCAUGCCCAUCACGAGUUAUUUUAUUGAGCAUCUUACAUUUAUCUGUACAUAUUGAGGAGCUGUAGCCAAAUUUGGUUUUCGGCCUCUAUUAUUUUUGUUCUUUUCAAUAAUGCGCCUUGCAUUAUUAUAUUUGGAUUAAAUUACAGAG